AUGGAUUCUCUUUCUCCAAGCUCUGAUGGACCAAGCUGGUCCAAGCUUCAUACAGAUCUAUUGCACAUGGUUUUCGAACGUCUUGGCUUUGCAGAUUUUCAACGAGCUAAAUCUGUUUGUUCAUCUUGGCAUUCUGCAUCCAGACAAUCAGCGCCAACUAAUCAGAUCCCCUGGCUGAUUCUAUUCCCUGAAAAAGGGAAAGAUCAAUGCCUUUUGUUUAAUCCCGAGGAGAAAGAUAAGAUUUAUAGAAUUCAAGAUCUUGAUGUCAACUUUGCGAAUAGUCAUUGUUUGGCGAUUAGUGGAAGUUGGCUAUUCAUACGAGAUCCUAGUUAUAAUUUCUACAUUUUGAAUCUAUUCACUCGAGAGAGGAUCCAUCUGCCGUCUGUUGAGUCACAACUUGGCAUGCUAAAGAUUGAACAAACCACAAAUGAUAUGUUCAUAGCAAAAUUAACAGAUGAAGACGAUCGAAGAGACGUCAACUUUUACUGGCCUCGCUUCUGGAUAGAGGAGAAAACCAGAGAAUAUGUUGUGACAUUGUUAAUCGAUUUCGGAGGUAUAUCGUUUUUAAUUUAUUCCAAAAAAGGAGAUAGUUUUUGGAAACAAAUUAAGCUUACUAAGCCUUACGACGUUCAUCUUGCUGACGUGGUAUGCAAGGAUCAUAAGAUUUACUUGUAUAAUUGGUCGCGUAAUGUCAAAGUCUUGGAUCUUUCUGGAGAUAGUCCAAGACAAAUAUUGGAAACUCAAGGUAACUAUGUUUGGUUCUUCAAAAUGCCACAACGAGUUUUCCCACAUCUUGGUGAUGUGUGGCCUAUCAAGAAAAAACAUUUUGUAGUCACGGUGACUGGAGAAUUUCUGAGAGUUAAGAGCAUAGUAAUGAGUAAUUCUGACGUUUGGACCUUCUGCGUCUACAAGAUGGACUCAUCAAAUCGCGAGUGGGAGAAAAUUACUUCUUUGGGAGACGAGGUAAUACUUCUGGAUCAAGGUAUCACUGUGCUUGCCAACGCCAUCGAAGGACUCAAUAGAAAUUCAAUAUAUUUUAAUGGUGAUCCUGAUGCUAUCGGAUAUCGUGUUUGGAGUGAAAAAGAUGUUUUAAUCUACAAUAUCGACACACAAGAGGUUGAAAGACCACAUCGAAGUAUCUGUUCGUCCAUUCAAUCAUCUUACGCUCGAUGGUUUGUCCCAAAUUUCAGUCGGAAAUGA